UCGCUCCAGAUUGAAACUCGAAACAAAGAAAGAUUAGAAUCGAAGAAGCGUACCGUGAAGCAGGAAUGUCGACGAUCUUCAUCGCCGUCCAGUGUUUUCAAUGCUCCACGAUGCAGGUGAAGCAGCAGCGAAGGAGCGGGAAUAAGUGGAUCUGUGCAGUCUGCAACGAGAAGCAAUCGGUGCAGAAGGUGUUUGCUCGAGCUCCGAUGGCUAAAGACGUCCGUAAGUUCGUACAGAGCUUCAAUAUGUCUCGGAAAUAUGCGGAUGAACAGACGAAAGUCGAUGAGAUAUUUGAUGAGGAAAUUGUUGACGAGGAUCAGCUUGAUUUCAACGAGAAGAGAAAAAGACGUAGCGAUUGGAGUGAGUACCUCGAUCUCGAGGAAGAUCGCAGCCAAACUGGAAGAGAAAACGAACGAGAAUUAGGGAGUGAUUUUGCUGACGGAAAGAUUGUGACGGAGCUUCCAGAAGAAAAAACCAGGAAGCACUGUUCAACGAGCUGUUCAAACAGGCCGGAAAGUGGAGAAGGAAAAAUAUUUUACAGACCAGUUUUCCCGAAGAGGACACACAUUGCCAAGAAUUCAGCCAUUCAAGCAUCAAAAUGGAGUAAAGGCGUCCGAGAAGAUGAUGAAAAAGUUUCGUUGAAAGCCAAGCAUCAUCUAAGCUCCAAAGAUGAGAUUCGAAACUGGGAAUCGCUGUCGACAAAAGACGAUGAAAAUGCUUGCAGCAAGGUAGGAGGUCCUUCCAAGUGGAGUGAAUACAUAACUGAAGAUGACAACUGCGGAGGCAGAAAGGGAGAAAAUAUGGGAACAGAACAGGACAUGGAUACCUUGAAGAUGAUCAUAAAUGAUGAAAUUGUUGAAGAUGAUAUCCACCCUGAUUUCAAAUGACAGUUGCUUGCAAUUUGAAUUA